GGUGGCAGCCGCGGAACGCUGCGCAUGCGCGAGCUGUUCUGCCUGGGACAGGCUUGAGAGGCGAAACAGGGGCGGCCGGCUGGGCUGGGAGUCAGGAUGGACGAGGACGUGCUGACCACUCUGAAGAUCCUCAUCAUCGGCGAGAGUGGGGUGGGCAAGUCCAGCCUACUCUUGAGGUUCACAGAUGAUACUUUUGAUCCAGAGCUUGCAGCAACAAUAGGUGUUGACUUUAAGGUGAAAACAAUUUCAGUGGAUGGAAAUAAGGCUAAACUUGCAAUAUGGGAUACUGCUGGUCAAGAGAGGUUUAGAACCUUAACUCCCAGCUAUUAUAGAGGUGCACAGGGUGUUAUAUUAGUUUAUGACGUCACAAGAAGAGACACCUUUGUUAAAUUGGAUAAUUGGCUUAGUGAAUUGGAAACGUACUGUACAAGAAAUGACAUAGUAAACAUGCUAGUUGGAAAUAAAAUUGACAAGGAAAAUCGCGAAGUCGAUAGAAAUGAAGGUCUGAAAUUCGCAAGAAAGCAUUCCAUGUUAUUUAUAGGUAAGUAUGUGAAUGAAUAUUCACAUACUUUUUAAAAAAAAUUUUUGGAGGUAUUGGGGUUUGAACUCAGGCUUCAUGCUUGCAAGGCAGGUGCUCUACCACUUAAGUCAUGCUUCCAGCCCUUUUUCCUCUGGUUAUUUUGGAGAUACAAUCUUAUUCUUUGCUCAGGACAGUUUGGACCACAAUCCUAUUUUAAGUUUCCCACUGUAGCUGAGAUGACAGGUAUGAGCCAGCACAUCCAGCUUCUUUUCUGUGGAAAUGGGGUUUCACACACUUUUUUUGCCCAGGCCAGCCUAGAACAACUAUCCUUCCAAUCUCGGACUCCCACAUAGCUAUGAUCACAGGCACAUGCUACCAUGCCUGCUGUUGUUUGAGAUGGGCAACUUUUUGCCUGGCUGGCCUUGAA